AUGCUGGAGCCCGUAGAAGCCGAAUUUGCCAAACCCCCCAUCUACAACGAUGCACAAGAGGAGGUCUUUCAAUCUGAAGAGACCGAGGAGCCGAACGCUAUCACCCAUGCCGCCAACAACCUUACCCGGGUCGAGACUAGGGAAGGUCGCCAAGCCAGUCCCACCCAUUCUCAGAGCUCCACGCUCCAGAAUAACCGAGUGGCUGCCAAGCUUGACGAUCCGGAGAAGGGUGGCUAUCAAAAGACAGCAGACGGCAAAAUUCUUGUAACAUUUGACGUCGGGGAAGAUCCCAAGGAAUGGACAAAGUUCCACAAGCUUGCCACUAUUACGGCUUCAACUCUAUGCUUGACUGUGGCCCUCGGAAGUGCCAUGCCAACAGGGGAUCUCCCUGGUGCGGCAGAGGGCCUUCAUGUGUCCGAUGAAGUCAUCUACUUGACUAUCACGCUUUUCGUGGCCGGCUUUGGUAUCGGCCCUCUCUUCUUUGCUCCUCUGAGUGAACUUUACGGCCGUCAGCCGGUGUACAUGGUCUCAAUAAUCUUCUACUUUUUCUUUACUCUUCCUUCAUGUCUCGCCAAAAACGUCGCCACUACAUUGGCCGGCAGAAUGAUUGCUGGUAUUGCCUCGUCAGCUCCUUUCACCAACGUCGGUGGCACUAUUGCGGAUGUCUGGGCUGUUCAAGACCGCGGCAUUCCCAUGGCCAUCUAUAGUUCAACAUUGUUUAUGGGACCAUGUCUCGGUCCCCUCUUCGGAGGAUGGAUCUCUCUCAAGACAGGUACUUGGCGAUGGAUCUACUGGGUCCUCUUUAUUACCAUCGGUGCCAGCUGCAUUCUUUGUCUCUUCAACCCCGAAACUCUCGCGCCCGUCCUUCUUCGAAAGAAAGCCAAGAAGCUCAACAAGCAGCACAACACCGACGCCUACACAACCGAAGCCGACCUCCACAGACCGUCAUUCCGAACUGCCAUCACAACUGCUUUGAUUAGACCGUUCGUAAUGAUGGUUGAGCCUAUCAUCAUCCUCUUCACAUUCUACCUUUCGUUCGUUUAUGCUCUAUUGUACGCCACCUUCUUUGCCUUCCCUAUCGCAUUCGAAGAGAUUCGAGGUUGGAAUAUGGGCAUGACUGGCGUUUCGUUCGUCUCGAUCAUUGCAAGUUUCUUCAUCCUGUUACGAACCGAAGCUGACUCGUUGCCACAGAUCGGCAUCUUCCUCGCGAAUGUUCUCAUAAUGCCCCUGCAAGAGAGACUUUACCGAAAGUACACGGCCAAACACGGCUCAUCUCCCGAAGGUCGUCUCUACACCAUGAUGAUUGGAGCCAUCGUUCUCCCUCCAGCUCUUUUCAUUCUGGCAUUCACCUCCUACCCGGGCGUCAGCUGGGUCGGCCCUUGUAUCUGUGGUAUCAUGUUUGGCUUUGCUAUGGUCUCCAUCUACAUCUCCGGAAACUCGUACAUUGUUGACUCCUAUUCCAAUGUCGCCGCUUCUGCCAUUUCUUCAAAGAACAUGAUCAGAUCUUUCGUUGGCGCUUCUGUGCCACUGUGGAUCACCCAACUCUUCCACAACUUGGGGUUCCAAUACGCUGGUCUUUUCCUCGCCUUGGUUUCCGUGAUUCUCAUGCCCAUCCCCUUCUUCUUCUUCUGGAAGGGUGCUUGGGUGCGAUCAAAGUCCGACAAGGCGAACAGGUAA